AUGGCCCAUCAACCAACUUCUCCACACGAAACGCCAGGAAAUCCCGACCAAACCCUAACCCAACACGGCUCAGUUGGUACGAUCGAAGUCCCAGAAAACAACAAUACCACUGAAGAAAAAACGCCUUCGUGGUUCAAAAUUGGGCCAUCAUGGCCAGAGCUAAAACGCGAGUGGCGACAUGGUUCGAAGGGCAAGGUUGCGAUGUUCUUCAUGUUUAGCCUCGUUUGUGGGGUAUGUUUUGAGCGCACAGUCACGCAAUUUACUUUGGGAUGUUCCUAUCCCUUCUGGCCUAUCUUCGUCGUGAUGUUGAUCACACAGACUGUCACAUAUGUUGUGGGUUUUAGUAAUGCCGUUGACCUUUAG